AUGGCAUCCCUAGAGAAUGCACUGGUUUCCACAAAGACCACUGUUUUCAAUGUGUCUUUGUUCUGUGUAUUGAAGGUGACAGCGGAGGUUGGAAAACUUCUCGGUGAAGAAAAGGUGGAUGCAAUCUUGUGUGUAGCAGGAGGAUGGGCUGGAGGCAGCGCCAAAGCUAAAUCUUUGUACAAAAAUUGUGAUCUGAUGUGGAAGCAGAGCAUUUGGACAUCCACUAUUUCCAGCCACCUAGCCACAAAACAUCUGAAAGAAGGCGGCCUCUUGACUUUGACAGGAGCUCAAGCUGCUUUAUCUGGAACUCCAGGGAUGAUUGGCUAUGGCAUGGCCAAAGGAGCAGUGCAUCAGCUUUGUCAGAGUUUAGGUGGUGCCAAUAGUGGCUUGCCGUCUGGUUCUGCUGCUGUUGCCAUUUUACCGGUUACCUUAGAUACACCAGCAAACAGGAAAUCAAUGCCAGAUGCAGAUUUCAGCUCCUGGACGCCCUUAGAAUUCAUUGCUGAAACCUUUUUUGACUGGAUAACAGGAAAGAAUCGACCAAACUCGGGGAGUCUAAUCCAGGUGAUAACUACAGGAGGGAAGACUGAACUAGUUGCGGCACAUCUUUGAUGUCAGUCACUUAAGAAGGUGAAACUUCAGCAAAAGAGAAGCUAUGGAAAAUCUGCCAGUAUAAUUUGGAUGGCCUUCUGUGCCCUGUGAUCAUAGUUAUGGCAUUAAUGGAACCAGAUUUCGAGUAAUAUUUCUGUGCUGUCAGUUGUGAGCUAUCAGCAUUUGUUUACCAACAAGUAUCAAGUAUUUGUCUCUAAAUGAAAGUUGCAGGCUUUAAAGUUCAGAGAUGUCCCCAUUCUGAGCAUUGUAUGUUGACUUACCUGUUCUCUCUGACAUGGGAGUUGUGCUUAAUUAUGUCAUGUAAUCACGUAUAUAAUGGCUGGAUUGUUUUCUCAGUCUGUUUCUGGCAAUUUAUUAUGAAUCUUUUGGUAGUCCGUCUGUUGUCUUCUGUGAAUGCAACCUCACCCUGCGUAUUAUGUUGGCUGUAAUUAUAGGAAAUGUUACAGUUGUAUGUAAUGUCCUGGUCUUCUAACAUUUCUCAUGUCAAUGUUCCACUUGGGUUAAUGGACCUAUAUAGAGAUUGCUCACUUAAGGAGGAGGAGUUCCUAAUUUGCCUUACAGUUUACAAGCUGCUAUCAGGCCUAUGGUUGUAGGAUAAAAGAGUCAUUCUGCCAAAUUAUUAGUAUGUCUUUGGG